AUGUGCGAAUCUCUUGUCAAGCUAUUGGGCGAUUCUUCUCCCGAUAAGUUAGCUAGGAGCGAGAUCUUCACUCAACUUGACCCAACUGUUAAUGCUGCUUUUGACUGCUUGGAGUUUCGGCGCCUCUUUAUUCAAGCCGAAGGUUUUUCAGAAUAUUGUUCUACCAUUCAAGAGAUUACUCGUCAGAAUGCCAAGCUGAGAGCUGAUGUCCAUGUUGGAGAGAUCAUAACCGAAAAACUUCGCAACAAUAACCAAGAGCUUAGAGUUUCCGAGAAAUCCAACCAACUCCUUGUUCAAAAGUUGAGGUCCGACUUGGCUAAGCCUCACAAGAAUCUUAGGGAUCUUGCCUCUACACUUUCAUCUUCUUGUGACAGGGCAGAGAGGAGACAGAUAUACCUUGAGCAAUUGAUGAAGAUUUAUGUCAAGAACGCUCAGAAGGAUUCCGCACGCGAAACUCAUCUUCAAGAUAAAGCUUUCGCUGAUGAAAUAUGCAUUUCCAAUUCGCUGCCUCUAGAAGAAGUGUGCCCUCUUGAUAUUUCUGAUAAUGAAGUUGUUCCUCAACCUGAUAGCGACUUUGAUUAUGAUAGUUGUGACGAGGAAAUCCCUCUUCCCGAAGAUCAACCCAUGGGGGAUGAAGCUGGUGGCAAUCUUCUUGAUGCGUCGAAUUCUGAAGCUAUUCCUCAUGUUGAAGUUUCUGCGAAGGCCUCUAUUCCAAGUACCGCUCCUGAUGUUGAGGCUGUCACUGGAGCUGUUGGUUCGCAUGAUGAAGUUCACCAGAAUGACUCUUAG